UUGUUUGUUAAUAAUGGAGUAUUAUUACGACAUUGUAUUUUAUAAAUGUAAUGUAAUUUAUCCAGGCGUGGUAAUAUACGUUAGUUACAAAGUUAUUAUUAUGAUAAACAUGCAAACCGCCACACAGAACCAGUCGGUUGGGUUUAGUUCGCCGUUACAAAACCCUGGCAUGGUUUCCAUGAUGCCAACAUCAGCUGCAAGUAAUCAAACUUUCGGGGAGGUAAACCAACUCGGCGGGGUAUUUGUGAACGGACGACCGCUGCCCAACGCUCUAAGACUCCGAAUAAUCGAGCUUGCUCAACUGGGGAUUCGGCCUUGCGACAUUAGUCGGCAACUACGGGUCUCACAUGGCUGUGUAAGCAAGAUACUAGCCCGUUAUAAUGAGACAGGCUCGAUCUUACCAGGAGCAAUCGGUGGUAGCAAACCAAGAGUCACAACACCUGGUGUUGUGAACGCGAUAAAGGAUUACAAAGUCAGAGACCCUGGUAUAUUUGCAUGGGAGAUCAGGGACCGCCUUCUAAGCGACGCAGUUUGCGAUAAAUACAAUGUCCCGUCAGUAAGUUCCAUCAGCCGAAUAUUAAGGAACAAAAUCGGAAACGUCCUUCACCCAAACAAUCCUCUCAACCCUAACUACGUUCCCAUCAGCAACAUCGAGAAUUCGACCCCACCACAAAGCACUAACAUGAGGCCCACCUACAACAGCCCAAUAUACAAUCAUUAUAUGGUCCCACCAACAGGUAAACCCAACAUGCCAAACGCCCCACCAACCAUACGAGGUUCCCCAAUGCCUUGUCAUCCGUUCUAUUCUCAUUCAGUGACAGAAAUACUGAGAGGAUCUCGUUUCGAUCAACCACAGUUACAAGGAACCGCACCCAGCAAUUCGAUGACGUCAGAAUCGAUCUCUGUGGCGCCACCUAACGGUAGUUACCACCACCAGUUGCUCCCGGUGUCUGUACCAAGCGUCAUCCCUAAACUUGAAGAAUGGAAUAACAUGACGCCGUACGGUGUUCCGCCCCCUACACAAGUUACAACGGUACAUUUAAACGGGGGAGAGAAAUCGUCACCCGUGUCACGUGAUAUCACGUCACUGCAACAAUCACCCACGUCAGAGGAGAAUCGAUCGUCACAUCCGCUUUCCACUCUCUACGUCACACCACCUGCCAACACCCCAUACGUCACUUCCGCUCCACAAAUGGCGAAUAAUUCCCACCAUUAUGUGACACCGGCCUACAUUCCAUCGUAUGGCCAUCCAGGUUGGCAGCAACAAUCUUUACCGAUGAACGGUGUGGACCCCGUCUUAACAGGAAACCCGGCACCCCAGAGGAGUGUACACAGCUUACAAAAUGGAGGCGUACAACACGGAUACCCUAAACUCGCUGUCUCGGCUCCCCAAACAGGAGACGGAAAAAAUUCCGGAAAUCAAAAACUCGACCGUCCACCCAUCCAUUCUAAUGGUCAGACGUCAUCAACGUGAUGUCAUAUAGAUAUAUUAUGACGUCAUAAUACCUUCAUGAAUAAGGAUUGUUUCCAUUCGCGAAUUGAAUCACUGCCGCCAUUGCUGCCUUUGGUUUAUUAUGCAACUCAGUGAAGCCAAUAUUGUAUCUAUUCACUAACUAGUAGAUAAACAACUAACAUUAUACCGCCAUCUUAUUUGUAGUUUUCACUUUUCUGAAACUUUUUUUCGAAACCAAAUUUGAUUCGACACAAAACUUGAAAUUUAAACAGUUUUUUUUGCACCGAAGCCAUAUUAUUUGUAAUAAUAAACAAAAAUGUUACGAA